UCUGGUUAUAGAAAGAUGCUGUGUCUCAGAAACACUUAAAUACUAUUAAGCUAGAAAUAGAAGGGAAAAUAAUGCUUCCCCGCAUCUCCCCUCAAGCGUAGUCCUCUUUUUUUAGCCUGAUUUCCGACGAAAUGUCUGAAUGCCUACAGUUAUUUGGCCAUCCUCAAAAGUGCAACUUAUCCUGACGUCUCGAGGGACGGAAAAGUUACCGAAGUCCAAGGAAUGAGUCACUUUGCUCAAAUUUGAUGAGUAAUAUCAGGUGUCAUGAAACCCAGUUUCGAAGGAGAGGGGAGGGGGCGUCAGAUCUGCAGAUGGAAGCAGGCCGCUCCGGAUUGGAUGGCGAGACCUCGAUUUUCCUAAAAUUGCGUCAUUUAGAACCCAAUUGGGUCCAGAUGUUAUGGGCAUCGACGAGUUACCGUCUCGGAAACUCUCAAUCACGCAAGCGAAAGGAGAGGAGGCGGCUAAUUAAAUAUUGAGCAGAAAGUCGCGUGGGGAGAAUGUCACGUGGGUCUGGAGGCUCAAGGAGGCUGGGAUAAAUACCGCAAGGCACUGAGCAGGCGAAAGAGCGCGCUCGGACCUCCUUCCCGGCGGCAGCUACCGAGAGUGCGGAGCGACCAGCGUGCGCUCGGAGGAACCAGAGAAACUCAGCACCCCCGGGACUGUCCGUCGCAAAAUCCAACAUGAAAAUCCUCGUGGCCUUGGCAGUCUUUUUUCUUGUCUCCACUCAGCUGUUUGCAGAAGAAAUAGGAGCCAAUGAUGAUCUGAAUUACUGGUCCGACUGGUCCGACAGCGACCAGAUCAAGGAGGAACUGCCGGAGCCCUUUGAGCAUCUUCUGCAGAGAAUCGCCCGGAGACCCAAGCCUCAGCAGUUCUUUGGAUUAAUGGGCAAACGGGAUGCUGGACAUGGCCAGAUCUCUCACAAAAGACAUAAAACAGAUUCCUUUGUUGGACUAAUGGGCAAAAGAGCUUUAAAUUCUGAGGCUUAUGAAAGGAGUGCAAUGCAGAAUUAUGAAAGAAGACGUUAAUAAACUACCUAACAUUAUUUAUUCAGCUUCAUUUGUGUCAAUGGGCAAUGAAAGGUAAAUUAAGACAUGCACUAUGAGGAAUAAUUAUUUAUUUAAUAACAAUUGUUUGGGGUUGAAAAUUCAAAAAGUGUUUAUUUUUCAUAUUGUGCCAAUAUGUAUUGUAAACAUGUGUUUUAAUUCCAAUAUGAUGACUCCCUUAAAAUAGAAAUAAGUGGUUAUUUCUCAACAAAGCACAGUGUUAAAUGAAAUUGUAAAACCUGUCAAUGAUACAGUCCCUAAAGAAAAAAAAUCAUUGCUUUGAAGCAGUUGUGUCAGCUACUGCGGAAAAGGAAGGAAACUCCUGACAGUCUUGUGCUUUUCCUAUUUGUUUUCAUGGUGAAAAUGUACUGAGAUUUUGGUAUUACACUGUAUUUGUAUCUCUGAAGCAUGUUUCAUGUUUUGUGACUAUAUAGAGAUGUUUUUAAAAGUUUCAAUGUGAUUCUAAUGUCUUCAUUUCAUUGUAUGAUGUGUUGUGAUAGCUAACAUUUUAAAUAAAAGAAAAAAAUAUCUUGAA